AUGCAAAGACAGGAGGGAUCGCAGGCAACAUCUGCAGACGAUGCAGCGAGGUGGCUCCAGUUCAGCGGAUAUUGUGUUUUGCCAGCGCGGGUUCCGGCAAGCAGACUGGCGCAAGCUCACGAAACGGCCUCCACAGAAGAGUUCGAACUGCCCAGCGAGAUCGUCGCACAGGGACUGCUUGGCCCAGACUUUGGUGUCGGCGUCGAAUUUCCUACCGGUGCUUCUCAGGCUGCCACCCAGUUUCCCCUUUGGGACCUGGCUCGGGACCUUCUCGAUCUCAGUGCAUGCGUGGCCCAGCACAUGGCCAGUGUUUUCGAAUUCUGCGCACAAACGCCGGUCAUCCUUCACAGACGGUGUGAACUUGAAGGGGAAGAAGCGAGCCUUUCAGAAAUCGAUGCAUCGCGAUGGCUCGAUGUUUUCCGUCGACACCGUCUUUUGAGCAUAUUCUACUUGGGUCCGCAAAGCGGCGUUUUGGACUUGUGGACGUUCCAGGGAGGCAGCCCCAAGCACCCCAUGCAGGUGCAGCUUGAGGCAGGCCACGCUUUGGUCCUCCGCCCAGAGCUCCUCGCGCGGCAGCUGCAUGCCCCCGCGGGUUCCCUGGUGAUGACAUGUUUUGCUUUGGGCAGGAGGCCGAGUGCUCGGAGAGUCUGGCCUGGUCAAGGGCACAGCCCAGCAGCUUGUGCUCUGGAUGAAUGGACGCGCUGCCGGCUGCAGAAGCUGAGCGAGGAGGACUGCGUCGGCCUUGACAUUCCUUUUUCUUGGCGGAAGGACCUCCGCCGUAGCUAUGACAACGGCCUCAUGGUGGCUGUGAACUGUGCUGCUGGCCGCUUCCCUCGGGCAGAUACGUUGGAUGCGUGGUGUCGCACGGCCGGUGUGGCCGCAGCGGACUUUGCUACGGAGGUUCCCUUCCAACGCUGGGACCACUCGGAGGUGUACGAUCCGGACCCAAACAGCCAGAAAAGAGGAACAUCUUGUUGCCGACAUGCUGCUUUCAUCGACGGCUUGGACCUGUUUGCGAGCAGCACCUUCAGCAUGUUGCCAGAGGAAACUCAGCACCUCGAUCCAUACCAACGCUUGGGCCUCGAAGCUGCUUUCUCCAUUCUGCACAGUGCUGGCGUGAACGGUGGGAACCCGAUACGCAAUCAGCGAAGUUCCGGACUUUAUGUCGCGUGCCCAUCCGGGGCUGAUUGGGAGCAUGGGCCCAAAGCCAAGCCGAUCAGUGCUCAGGAGGCGCUGGCGAGCCGAAUGUCGAUGAUGCUAGGGCUCAGGGGGCCCUCAUCACUCGUGUGCUUGGAGAGUGCCAGCGGCUUGGCAGCAGCCUCGCUUGCAGCUGAAGCCUUGCAGGCUUGCGACUCUGCUCUGGCGCUGGGGGUGCAUUUGUGCCUUUCACCACGGAUGUGGUCUCGAUACGGUGUAUCCACUCCACUCUCGCGUUCUGGACGCUGUUUCGCAUUCGACGCUUCGAGUGACGGAUUCGUGCGCGGCGAGGGCUGUUGUGCGCUGAUGCUUUCCCGGUUUAAGCUUCCUGAUCCGACCGAGACAGCCAGCCCGCCUGCGGGCUGCAUCGUCGGCAGUGCCGUGAGUUCGAAGGGCUCAAGCGCGGACCUUGCGGCGCCGGCCAGAGCUGACGCAAUUCGACGCACCGUCUUCGAGGCCAUGUCUGGUCUCGAGGCCGAUUUCGUUGACAUUGCAGAGGUUGAUGGCCUGGGCCCCGCGGCUGAGAUGCUCGAGAUGACGACCCUCCGAGUGACCCAUAGAGGUCAGGGCACCCAAGCCGGUCCACUGCAACUCACCUCGCUCAAGGCCAGCUGCGGUCACCAGGUGCAGUGUGCAGGACUCGCAUGUGUGAUGCAGCUCCUGGCUGCUAUUCGCUUGGGCACCACAGCAGCCCAGCCGCACUUGCGGCAAUUGAACCCGCAGUGUCUCCACAACGCCACCGAAAGCCACUCCGGGGUGGAGCCUGGGCAGCUCACGGAACCCAAUCUUUAUGCUGGCGUUCUUGGCCGAGGAGGUGGGAGCAUCGCCUACGCUGUGCUGUGGGGCUUCGGCGGCCCCAUGGCUCAGGAGGACCCUGCGGUUUUGAAGCCGGAGCUCCUCAGCGCCAUGGAGGACGGAAAGGGUCGAAACAGCCCGUUGGCGGAAGUUCCUGGAGAAGGCCCCACGCCCAAGUAUUGCUUGAUCGGCAGCUGGGACAACUGGACGAGGCUGCAGGCCAUGUGGUGCGAUGCGGAUGGCUGGCAUGGGUGGCUGCGCCUGGGGCCUGAAGGUGAGGAGUCCUUCCAGAUCCUGAAGGAAGGGGACCCGAACCAAGCGCUCUUCCCAAACUGUCGCAAUGCGCGGCCAGGGCGCCCGCACCCUAGAGGGUCCAGGCCCCAACCCGCACCGGCUCUCUUGGCUGGUCGGCAGGGAGGACGGGGGCUCUGCGGGCUCUGA